AUGAAAACCCUUGAAGAAGCCGAGCUUUGCUUUCCACAACUCCUCAACUCCUCCUGCAGGAAGAUCAUGCGUCCUCACGCUCUAUCUAUGCUCACUUACAUUUUACUGUCCUCCAUCUCUGUGGUCACUGUGACGCUCAACCUGCUGGUCAUCAUCUCCAUCUCCCACUUCAGGCAGCUCCACACACCCACUAACCUCCUCCUCCUCUCUCUGGCUGUCUCUGAUUUCUUUGUGGGAUUCCUCAUGUUAUUCCAGAUUUUGCUCAUAGACGGCUGCUGGUUGUUUGGUGACCUCAUGUGUACUCUUUAUUAUUUUCUGGACUAUAUUAUUACUUCUUCCUCAGUAGGAGCCAUGGUUCUCAUAUCAGUUGACCGAUAUGUGGCUAUUUGUGAGCCUCUACAUUAUGCCAACAAAGUCACACAAAAAAGAGUUAAAGUCUGUGUUUGUCUGUGUUGGAUAUGUUCUGUUUUCCUUAACAGUGUGCUGCUGAAAGAUAGCCUGCAACAACCAGGCAGGUAUAAUUCCUGCCUGGGAGAGUGUGUUGUUGUUAUUAUUGCUGGACUUGCAGAUCUGUUUUUAACUUUUAUUGGCCCUGUCACUGUCAUCAUAGUUCUGUACAUGAGAGUUUUUAUGGUGGCUGUGACUCAGGCUCGUGCCAUGCGCUCUCAAAUUGCGGCUUUCUCGCUUAAGUGUUCAGUGACUGUAACUGCAAAAAAAUCUGAAAUUAAAGCAGCCAGGACUCUUGGUGUUGUUAUUGUUGUGUUUCUUGUGUGCCUCUGCCCAUAUUAUUGUGUUUCACUCACAGGCCAGGACACCUUGAGUAAUGCCUCAUCUGCUGCUUUUGUAAUAUGUCUGUUCUAUUUCAACUCCUGUCUUAACCCUGUGAUUUAUGCCUAUUUUUACCCCUGGUUUAGAAAAUCUAUCAAUAUCAUUGUUACUCUUAAGAUACUGCAGCCUGGAUCAUAUGCAACCGACAUGAUGUAG